AUGUCUCGGACUGUACUAAUCACCGGUGCCACUGGCAAACAAGGCGGCUCAUUGGUGAAUGCCUUGCUCGCUGCCAAGGCCGAUUUUCAAAUUCUCGCCCUCACCCGCGACAUCUCUUCUCCAUCUGCGCAGAGACUGGCUGCCAAAUCGCCCAAUAUUAGACUCAUUCAGGGAAACUUGGAUGACACGGAAUCUGUCUUCAAGAAUGCACGAAAGGCUACUUCGUCACCCAUUUGGGGCGUGUUCAGUGUCCAGACGCCAGCCAUGAAUUCCACGGGACCUGCAAUUGAGGAGAAGCAAGGAAAAGACUUGGUCGACAGCGCGCUGAAGAACGACGUCCGACAUUUCGUCUACUCCUCUGUCGAUCGCAGCGGCGCCAAGUCUAUUGACAAUCAAACAAAUAUUCCUCAUUUUAUGAGCAAGCACAACAUUGAACACCAUCUCAUCAAUAAAUCCGUGGGCACCCAGAUGAAGUGGACGAUUCUACGACCUGUGGCCUUUAUGGAGAACUUUGAUGGUGGCAUGGUGGGCAAAGUGUUUGCGACGUGCUGGAAACUGAUUGUCAAAUCUCGCCCACUUCAGCUAAUCGCCACGUCGGACAUUGGAGUUUUUGCAGCCAAGGCCCUCAGGGAACCAGAAACAUUUGCAGGCAAGGCCAUCUCCCUUGCUGGGGAUGAGUUGACAUUUGAGCAAAUGGCGGCGAUUUUCAAACAGAAAACCGGGUCAGAUGUGCCCUUGACCUGGGGAAUUCUGGGCAGAUUGACAUUACGAUUGUCGAAGGAGAUGGGCACAAUGUUUGAAUUUUUCGAAAGAGAAGGUUAUGGAGCCAACAUAAAGGAGCUUCGUGAGAUGCAUCCCGAUCUGAAGGCAUUUGGUCCCUGGCUGGAAACUUCACCAUAUGCCAAGCGACCAUAA